CAUUCAGCUAUCGGGAGCCGCGGGCGAGGCGGAGCGGCUGGGCUGUGAGCGGGACCCGUCCGGGGGGUGGGGCCGGGCGCUGUGGCGAGAAGGGGCGAAGGUGGCCCCGGCCGUACGAGGCGCGCCCUGCAGCCUCGGACCCGGAGGCGUACGCAGCCCGGAGCGCAGCGCGGGCGCGGCAGGUCCCGGCUCCUCUCCCUGAGCUCCCGCUCAUGGCGGCCGCGGGGCAGCUGUGCUUGCUCUACCUGUCGGCGGGGCUCUUGCCCCGGCUCGGCUCAGCCUUCAACUUGGACACCCGCGAGGACAAUGUGAUCCGGAAAUCUGGGGAGCCCGGCAGCCUCUUCGGCUUCUCGCUGGCCAUGCACUGGCAAUUGCAGCCCGAGGACAAGCGGCUCUUGCUCGUGGGAGCACCUCGCGCGGAAGCCCUACCAUUGCAGAGAGCUAACAGGACAGGAGGCCUCUACAGCUGUGAUAUCACCUCUCGAGGACCGUGCACACGGAUUGAAUUUGAUAAUGAUGCUGACCCAAUGUCAGAAAGCAAGGAAGAUCAGUGGAUGGGGGUCACUGUCCAGAGCCAAGGGCCAGGGGGCAAAGUGGUGACAUGCGCACACCGAUAUGAAAAAAGGCAACAUGUUAACACGAAGCAGGAAUCGCGAGACAUCUUCGGCAGAUGUUAUGUCCUGAGUCAGAAUCUCAAGAUUGAAGAUGAUAUGGAUGGCGGGGACUGGAGUUUUUGUGAUGGCCGAUUGAGAGGCCAUGAGAAAUUUGGCUCUUGUCAGCAAGGUGUAGCAGCUACUUUUACUAAAGACUUUCAUUACAUUGUGUUUGGAGCCCCUGGUACUUACAACUGGAAAGGGAUUGUUCGUGUAGAGCAAAAGAAUAACACUUUUUUUGACAUGAACAUCUUUGAAGAUGGGCCUUACGAAGUUGGUGGAGAGACUGACCAUGACGAAAGUCUUGUUCCAGUUCCUGCUAAUAGUUACUUAGGCCUGCUGUUUCUGACCAGCAUUUCCUAUACAGAUCCAGAUCAGUUUGUUUAUAAAACACGGCCUCCCAGGGAGCAGCCUGACACAUCCCCUGAUGUGAUGAUGAAUAGCUACCUAGGCUUUUCCCUGGACUCAGGGAAAGGUAUUGUUUCCAAAGAUGAGAUCACUUUUGUAUCUGGUGCUCCAAGAGCCAAUCACAGUGGAGCUGUGGUGUUGCUAAAACGAGACAUGAAGUCCGCACAUCUUCUCCCUGAGCACAUAUUUGAUGGGGAAGGUCUGGCUUCUUCAUUUGGCUAUGACGUGGCCGUGGUGGACCUCAACAAAGAUGGAUGGCAAGAUAUAGUUAUUGGAGCUCCACAGUACUUUGAUAGAGAUGGGGAAGUUGGAGGUGCAGCAUAUGUCUAUAUUAACCAGCAAGGCAGAUGGAAUAAUGUCAAGCCCAUUCGUCUUAAUGGAACCAAAGACUCUAUGUUUGGAAUUGCAGUCAAAAAUAUUGGAGAUAUUAAUCAAGAUGGCUAUCCAGAUAUUGCUGUUGGAGCUCCCUAUGAUGAUCUUGGGAAGGUUUUUAUCUAUCAUGGAUCUGCAAAUGGAAUAAAUACUAAACCCACGCAGGUUCUUGAGGGUACCACACCUUACUUUGGAUACUCAAUUGCUGGGAACAUGGACCUCGAUAGGAACUCCUACCCAGACAUUGCUGUUGGCUCCCUUUCAGACUCAGUUGCUAUUUUCAGAUCCCGGCCUGUGAUCAGCAUUCAGAAAACGAUUACAGUAACUCCUAGCAAAAUUGAUCUCCGCCAGAAAUCUGUGUGCGGGGCCCCCAGCGGGAUCUGCCUCAAGGUGAAAGCCUGUUUCGAAUAUACUGCCAAACCCACUGGUUAUAAUCCUUCAAUCUCAAUCUUGGGCACAUUGGAAGCUGAAAAAGAAAGAAGAAAAUCAGGGCUGUCAUCACGAGUUCAGUUUCGACGCCAAGCCUCAGAGCCCAGGUACACACAGGAGCUCACUCUGAGCAGGCAGAAGCAGCGCGCCUGCAUGGAGGAAACCCUCUGGCUGCAGGAAAACAUCAGAGACAAAUUACGGCCCAUCCCCAUAACUGCUUCUGUGGAGAUCCAGGAGCCCAGCACUCGCCGGCGUGUGAAUUCCCUCCCAGAGGUUCUUCCCAUCCUGAACUCCAACGAGCCCAAGAUGGUCCAUACAGACGUACACUUCUUAAAAGAGGGAUGUGGAGAUGACAAUAUUUGUAACAGCAACCUUAAACUAGAAUAUAAAUUUUGUACCCGAGAAGGAAAUCAGGACAAAUUUUCUUACCUUCCAAUUCAAAAAGGCAUACCAGAACUAGUUCUAAAAGAUCAGAAGGAUAUUGCUUUGGAAAUAACAGUGACAAACAGCCCUUCCAAUCCAAGAGCUCCCAAAAAAGAUGGAGAUGACGCCCAUGAAGCUAAACUGGUUGCGACAUUUCCGGACACAUUGACUUACUCUGCCUACCGAGAACUGAGGGCUUUCCCUGAGAAACAGCUGAGUUGUGUUGCCAACCAGAAUGGUUCCCAAGCUGACUGUGAACUCGGAAACCCUUUUAAAAGGAAUUCCAGUGUUACCUUUUAUUUGAUUUUAAGUACAACUGAGGUCACCUUUGACACCACAGACCUGGACAUUAACCUGAAGUUGGAAACAACAAGCAAUCAAGAUAAUUUGGCUCCAAUUACAGCGAAAGCAAAAGUGGUUAUUGAACUGCUUUUAUCGGUCUCUGGAGUUGCUAAACCUUCCCAGGUGUAUUUUGGAGGUUCAGUCCUGGGUGAGCAAGCUAUGAAAUCUGAAGAUGAAGUGGGGAGCUUAAUUGAAUAUGAAUUCAGGGUGAUUAAUUUAGGUAAACCUCUUAAAAACCUUGGCAUGGCAACCUUGAAUAUUCAGUGGCCCAAAGAAAUUAGCAAUGGCAAAUGGUUGCUUUAUUUGGUGAAAGUAGAAUCCAAAGGAUUGGAAAAUGUAGUUUGCGAGCCACAAAAGGAAAUAAACCUCCUGAAUCUAAAGGAAUCUCACAACUCAAGAACGAAACGGGCGAUUGCUGAAAAACAGAUAGAUGAGAGCAGAAAAUUUUCUUUAUUUGCUGAAAGAAAAUAUCAGACCCUGAACUGCAGCGUGAAUGCAAGAUGCGUGAAUAUCAGGUGCCCACUGCGUGGGCUGGACAGCAAGGCCUCUCUUGUUCUGCGAUCGAGGUUAUGGAAUAGCACAUUUUUAGAGGAAUAUUCUAAACUCAACUACUUGGACAUUCUUGUGCGAGCUUCCAUCGAUGUGACCAAUGCUGCGGAGAAUAUCAAGUUGCCCCAUGCAGGCACUCAGGUUCGUGUGACUGUGUUUCCCUCAAAGACUGUAGCUCAGUAUUCAGGAAUAGCUUGGUGGAUCAUCCUGCUGUCUAUUCUUGCUGGGAUUUUGAUGCUUGCUUUGUUAGUAUUUUUAUUAUGGAAGUGUGGAUUCUUUAAACGCUCUAGGUACGAUGAUAGCGUCCCCCGAUACCAUGCCGUAAGGAUCCGGAAAGAAGAACGAGAGAUCAAAGAUGAGAAACACAAUGAUAACCUUGAAAAGAAACAGUGGAUUACAAAGUGGAAUGAAAAUGAAAGUUACUCCUAGGGGGGGAAGGGGUGUUCAGAAACAAAACAUCACCAUGCCCAAAUGCCUUUUUCUUUCCAACUCAGCAAUUCAAAUGGAUUUGAAGGCCUGUUCAAUACCUGGAAGUUUGAUUUCAGACUGACUACACAGUACAAACGAACCUACUGUGGAUAUUGUUACACAGCCUAAGGCUUCCUGUUUUGCACAGCCAAAUUAAGACCAUUGGAAUGGACUUUUUUUUUUAACUGCCUUAAUUGAACUUUCCAGGUUGCCUUUGUUUUUGGUGUGGCUGACUUACAUGUGCUGGGGAAGGGCCUGCCUACUUACACUCCCAGGGCUUCCGAUUGGGAUCUGGAGGAGGGCAUCUAGGAUCACCCACACCACCAGAGUGACUGUCCUAGCCUACACAGCCACCCUAGAGUUCACUGUCCCCGGGGGUCCAAGGCUUUGCCCUCUGGGUAGCCAUGUCUCAGUUGAAAGUGCUGUCUUGUGUUAAAUGUGCAAUAGAAGGUGAUGAUGCCAUCCUG